CCAGUCACGACAGAGCAGGCUGCUUCUGUGUGAGCCAACGAGCCGCGGACAGAGAGAGAAACAGUGAGGGACAGAGAGGCACAAAGAGAGGCAGAGUGGAGAAAGGGAGGGAGGCAGAGCACGAGAAAGAAGAGGUGAAGAGCCACGGAGCAAAAAACACACAGCUACAUCGCUGCCACUCUGACGUCUCCCCCUCAUGCGCCUGUUCCGGCUAGUGUGAGCGCAAGAAGAGGAGAGAAAUAGAGAGAGAGAGAUAGAGAGAGACAGAGAGAGAGAGAGAGAGGGACGGACAGGAGGAAAAUAAAUCCCGGGAGCCUGUGCCCCCCUCUUUGCUUUAUGUUCCUUUCCUUUUUUUUCAUCUCCAUCAACCAAGGCAUGAAGGCGGGUGUCAGCUGGCACGGCAAAAUAAAAGAAAGGGAUGCUUUGACUGCUGCCUCUCUUUCGACAAGGGACAAGGAAGAGGAAGGGGGGGACAACACACAGCAGGGACAAAACCGGGAUUUCUAGAAUGAAUGGGAGUCCUUCUGCCGCAUGCGCUCGGAAUAGCAGCCACACGCUGAAGUAUCUGAAUGAGGGGCCGGCCCUGAGGACGUGAAACUGUUGGGAGAGUUUGGAGGUCACAGCUUCCCCCCUGCCUUAGACCACUUUCAACUGCACACAUCUUUGCUCGCCAGGCGGCACCAAUUAAGGCCGGCUUGAGACAAAGAGUUGUGACAGUAUCCGACGACACGAGGAGGAAAGGAAUACACUGGAGGAGGGGCCUGUGCUUGCUGCAGACGGGCAAAGGACUGCUUGUCUGGACACAGUGUUGCCCGUCUGCGGCAGAGGAAGAGGAAAUGGUCGGCUGAGGUGCCAUGGAGGACGUCACCACUGCGUAGCUCGUCCAGUAUGCAGUGUGGCCUUCCCAGCUGCGCAUCCCCUGUGGUGCCAUGAUCCAGUUAUAACUGUGGGUAAUGCCGAGCCAGAUAACCAAUCCUGGAGAUGCCGAAGAGAAGAGAUAUUCUUGCCAUCGUGUUGAUCGUGUUACCCUGGACGCUGCUCAUCACUGUUUGGCACCAAAGCGCUAUAGCUCCACUCCUCGCCAUCCGCAAGGCCUGUCACCAUCUAGUAAAAGAGAUCUUUAUCAUUCCAGAGAGGCUUGCAGUCCGUCACCACCGGCUCUCAGAUGAUGGUGUGGAGGGCAAGAGGGAGGCAGGUGGCCAGGCACAAGACUCCAAGGAAUACUGUGCCUCAGAUAAGGACAUUGUGGAGGUGGUGAGGACAGAGUAUGUGUAUACGCGGCCUCCACCCUGGUCCGAUGUGCUGCCUACCAUCCACAUCAUCACCCCCACAUAUAGUCGACCGGUACAGAAGGCGGAGCUGACACGGCUGGCAAACACCUUCCUCCAUGUUCCCAACCUGCACUGGAUCCUGGUGGAGGACUCCCAAAGGAGAACGCCUCUCGUCACGCGGCUCCUCCGAGAAAUGGGACUUAACUACACCCACCUCAAUGUAGAGACGCCCAGGAACUAUAAGCUGCGGGGUGACACUCGGGACCCCAGAAUCCCCAGGGGGACGAUGCAGAGGAAUCUGGCCCUGCGGUGGCUGAGGGAGACCUUCAACGCCAACAGCAGCCAAGCUGGAAUUGUCUACUUUGCAGACGACGACAACACAUACAGCCUGGAUUUGUUUGAGGAGAUGAGAUCCACUCGGAAGGUUUCAGUGUGGCCUGUGGCCUUUGUGGGCGGCUUGCGGUACGAGUCCCCCAAAGUCAAUGCAGCUGGAAAGGUCUACGGCUGGAAGACGGUGUUCGACCCCCAUCGGCCCUUUGCCAUCGACAUGGCCGGCUUUGCCAUCAACCUGAGGCUCAUCCUCUUCAAGCCGCAGGCGUAUUUUAAGCUUCGCGGGGUGAAGGGAGGCUACCAGGAGAGCAGUUUGCUCCGGGAACUUGUUACACUCAACGACCUGGAGCCUAAAGCAGCCAAUUGCACUAAGAUACUUGUUUGGCACACGAGAACGGAGAAACCUGUCCUCGUGAACGAGGGGAAAAAGGGAUUCACAGACCCCAAUGUGGAGAUUUGACUGUUUCCCCUCAGACCAAGGUGGUUGGCCCUGGACCUGCGGAGGAAGAAAGCUGCGAGUCUCUUGAUAAGUGCAACCAGAGCUCAUGUCUUAAUCAUCAGAAAAAAAAGGAAAUGGGGGCCUUUGAAGGGGGAUUUAAUCCUCUUGACUGAAUCUGACAUUUUUAAAAUAUGGACCAAAACAGUACAAAUGUACCAUAUUAAAGCACAGAUUAGUAAGAGGCGGAAGUUAUUCGUCAGGUAUGCGGCUGAAGUGCAGAGGAGACAACAUAGAGGACUCCUCACAGGGUCAGCGUGGAUAGACGUGACCUGCACCUUCACGGUACAACGGCCCGCUGAGGACAACCCGAUUAAAGAGACAGCACAAUAUGUCAAGCAUACAGCCAGCGGAGUCAACCAAACAAGCAGGUUAAAGAAUAUCCUUCACCUCAAGAACACUAAGGAAAUAAAACACACAUUGCCCGGAUCUGCACGUGGUUCAAAGGAGAAAUUUGGAUUUAAGGACGUCUACAUCAUCAGCCGGGAUAAAAAAAACACGACUCCAAGGACAAAUAUGUCCUUUGUGGAUUUUCCUUUGUGCAAUCACAAACAUAGCAAGGGAAGGAAUGUUCUUUUGAUAACUAUAACAAUGUUUGCUUUAAUUUAAUUUAAUCAGUUUGGGUGUUUCACAAGCACUUGACUUGCUAGUUCAAUACUACUGACUCUUACCUGCAUUUACUCUUGGGUUAUCAUUGUUCAUUUUAUGGUCUCAUUAUAACUCAUGCAUUCAAGCCACCCCCGUACACUUGAAGAGAGACUUCUGUUUGAAAAUGAACCCCCUUGUAGUGCUUGGGUGCUGAAACGUACACGGAGACAUCAAAAUCCUGACACUACCGAGCACUUAAAAAAAGAAAUACACAAAAAAUGUUUGUGUAAAUAGUAAUUCAAAAUGAGAACAAUCAGAUGAUUGGUGACAAAUUUUGACAAAAGCAUUGUACUUCCUGUAUUUAUAUGUAAAAACAAACAAACAAAGUCUCUUCUCUUUUCCCCCUGGUGAAUUCCUGACGACACAUGAUAAGGCACAGGUUCACACUAGGUUCAACACAUGGAAAGAGUAAUAGCACACCACCAAUUUCAUUUGGUAAUAGAAACUCAAACAGUUUGUGACACAUUCAUAACGCAUAGACUCAAAUCAGCUACGCGGUAGACUCACGAAUGUUGACCUAAUUGCCAUGUAAGCUUUCACAUAAAGUGUAAUUUUUUGACUGUGCAGGGAAAAAUGUGUGUCAUUUUAGAGAGCUAAUAUGUUCCCUUGUCUAUGCACGCUCGUGUGUCCACAAGCCACCCAUUAAUAAGCAUCAAAGCCCGAGAAUAUGAUUUUCACUCGGCUCGUCAGUCCCUCUCCUCUCUAAAUAUACACUCUACUAUGAUGUGAAGGUGAUAAAAUUCCCUAAAAUAUCAAUUCAGAUGCUCAGGCUACAUCUGCUGACUUUUAAUACAGCUCACCUUCCAACAGCUGGUGUAAGUUAUGAAGGAUAGAUUCAAAUAAUUGAUGCAUGGCCCCAAAAUAAAUGUGUUUUAUAAAAACUUUGGCUUCCACGUAUGAAAUGAGAGAAUCCACGCUACUCUCAAAUGACAGCAGGCUGAAGAAAAGCACAAAAAUGAAUCUUAUUUUUGCUAAUGAUGUGGUAGCAGCGUUGACGCGCCAUCUUCAGUAUUGUGGAUUGAUGUCUCAUGGUUUUUAUUAGUAUUACGAUCCAUCUGUUGUACAUUGACUGGAUCACAGAAGAGAGUCACCGCACCUCUAACGAUAGACAUCAGCAGCUAUGGCGCUGUGUGUCUUAACAGUGUAACAAAGUUAUUCUACACCUCUUAUAAUAGAAUUUCCCCUUCGAUUUGAUAAAUCAUCCGUCUAGUGCAAAACACAGUGGUGGUUCUUAUCUAACAUUGCCCGGCAGAAGAAGCUGGAGACAAUUCAAACACUGAGCCUUUGUAUCGUUGCCAGAUUAUCUCUGUGCACCCCCUGCCCCUUCAACACACGCAACCCAAAAUACACCGCUGCAGUAUGAAAACUUACAAAGACAUUACGGCCUCUCGGGCUCAUCAGAUGGGGAAACCGUCCUAUUACAUAUUUCUCUUAGAAUAUGAUAAGAGACACAUUUAGGCAAUGGCUGUAUUAUAUUUCUCAUCAGACUGGCUGUUUUCAUUGACUGCAUGAUAUUACACUGCACAGGGACCGUCCGUGGAGAUCACACAGACUAUCUUUGGAUUUGUUCUACUCUUCAACUUGCCUCCCAUUAUUUAUUAAAAAUCAAAUUUAAUAUAUUUAUUCAUGUAUUUAUUUUAAGUGAGGAUGUGCAUUUGAAUCAUAGCAGUGUUUGCCCUUAAAUCUGUAUUUUCCAACUGCUCUCUACAAAAACAGCAUGCGCACAAACAGUAAAUUGUACACAUAGAUUAUCUUAAAGAUCAAUAAUGGGGUUGUGCUACCCACUGGCAUACACACACACACACACACACACACACACACACCGCAUCUUCUUUAUAGCAUUGCUGUUGAUCUAAGUUGUACUUGAGUGGUCAUUGUGGACUUUUAAUCGAACAAACUGAAUCCACCUGAAUUGUUUUUAGUGCUGAAACAAAUUCCAAAAUGGAAAAAAAAACACCAGCGUUUAAAAGACUUAAUUUGAACACUACAGGUUGUCUUAAAAUUGAGUAUCUUGUAUAUAAUUUACCUUUCAAACAAAACUCAACUCUUAUCUUACGUUGCUCUUGUCAAAAUGCAAGCAAACAAACGUCAGGUUUGACGGUACAGGUCAGCAUGCGGUUUGAUUGCUUGGAUGAGAUUAUGUGAUGUUGAUCUCUGUGAUGUUUCCUGAAGCAGCAGAACAAAUCAAAGGGCUUCACCUUUAAAGUGAUGUUGUUCAAAUGUUGUCAGACAUCUGAUUUGGCAUUUUUCUGACUUCAACAGCUGACGUAUCAAGCAAUAUGUAAUGCUCACAAAUAAUUGAUCUACUAGAACCAACCUAUCGAUGCAUCAACUGUAACAGUGCAGGUUAUUCAGUAUUUAAUGUCAGUAAAUGAGCAUUACCCUGUGAGGGGCUUCUCUAAGGCACAAUACACACAAGUCCUCUCUUUUUCCUCAUCUCCAUUGUCAUCCCCCAGCCUCAUGUGAUUCACAUUUUAUGCAUGUGACUCUUUAAGGUUGUUUAUUUGCCACAGCAAUUCUGUCUCAGAGAAAGAUGUUAGUUGAAUCAAGUGAAAUAAAUAACUGAGAAGAA